AUGUCCCUGGCUCAGCGGUGUGACAGAUCCAAAGCCGGCACCGUUCAUAUCUAUCUCAGUCUGUUCAUAUCUAUCAAUCUAUCUAUCUAUCUAUCUCAGUCUGUUGAUAUCAAUCUAUCUAUCUCAUUGUUCAUAUCUAUCUAUCUAUCUAUCUAUCUAUCUAUCUAUCUAUCUAUCUAUCUAUCUAUCACAGUCUGUUCAUAUCUAUCUAUCUAUCUAUCUAUCUAUCUAUCUAUCUAUCUAUCUAUCUCAGUCUGUUCAUAUCUAUCUAUCUGUCUAUCUAUCUAUCUCAUCGUUCAUAUCUAUCUAUCUCAUCUGUUCAUAUCUAUCUAUCUAUCUAUCUAUCUUAUCUGUUCAUAUCUUUCUAUCUCAGCAUAUAUUGCCCUAGAUUUCCAGUUCAAGCAACGACAUUCGAACUUCUUUCUUUCUUUCUUUCUUUCUUUCUUUCUUUCUUAA